GUAUACACAAAGGGAAAAAAGAAUGCGUAGUCCAUCUUUUGUCUCAAGAUUGGGUUUACCGUUGCCUAAUACUCUGUUCAAGAGAGUGGGUAGCUCUUGUUCAGAAAAAGAAAUCUAUUUGUUCAAGUCUGGUCAGCUUGUUCAAACUACUGCAAAUACUUGUACUUCGGGGUACUUGUAUACACAAAGGGAAAAAAAAGAAUGCGCAUUCAAACUACUGCAAAUACUUGUACUUCGGGGUACUUGUAUACACAAAGGGGAAAAAGAAGGCAUGGUGUCACUUUCUAGGCUGAAACUGGUCUUUCUCUAUCGACAAGGCUUUCUCUCAGGUGUCUCCAAGGUUACUCAGCAAGUCUCAAGGUCAAUCAAGAAUGGCUCUCAUGGCUCAGUGGAUAUCUAGUAAGUAUCUUCCAAUGGUAUUAAAAGUAUAUUACACUAAAGUCCUUUUGUUUAGGUGUUUGCAAGGCUGGUCAUCAAGG